AUGGAUGCGGCUGUUCGGGUGCAGGGCCCCUACCGGAUCACUGCCCCGGCACAGAAGAGCCGUUCUCGGCGAGACGACGGGAUGUCGGACACGAAUGGCAAGACGGUCCGCCGCCGCAAAAAUGUAGACGAAAACGGUGGUUCCUCGCGCAACGACACUGAAGAUGAUGCCCGCGACAGCAACGAAAGCGCUCAAGAAGAUGAUGAUAAGUCGACACGGCUCACAUUGAUGGAACAGAUCCUGCUGCUCGGGUUAAAGGACCGCGAGGGAUACACGUCGUUCUGGAACGAUUGCAUUUCUUCGGGUCUGAGGGGAUGCGUCCUGAUUGAACUGGCACUCCGCGGCCGCAUCAGCCUUGAGCCAACCGGCAUGCGGAAAAAGGGUCUCCUCUCGAGAAAGAUUGUUCUUAAAGACAGCGCCCCUACCGGAGAUGUUAUUCUCGAUGAGGCUCUGCGACACAUCAAGGAAACGACUCCAAAUGAGAGCGUGACUAGCUGGGUUGAAUACCUUUCUGGGGAGACCUGGAAUCCCUUGAAGCUUCGCUACCAGCUCCGGAACGUUAGGGAACGUCUUGCCAAAAAUUUGGUCGAGAAGGGCGUGCUGACGACGGAUAAGCAGAAUUUCCUUCUUUUCGAAAUCACCACGCACCCGCUGUCGGAUGGCAAUAUGAAGACCAGGUUGAUCAAGGAAGUGCAAGAAGUUGUGCUCUCGCGCUGGACCAACGACGUUCACCGCAUGGACAAGAGGAUGCUAUCGCUGAUCAUCCUCGCACAUGCCAGUGAUGUUCUCGAGAAUGCAUUUGCACCACUCAAUGAUCAAGAUUACGAGGUGGCGAUGCGGCGGGUGCGGGCUUUGCUUGAGCUGGAAUUCGAGGUCGAGGCAGAGAAGAAGGGCAGCGACCUGAUAUGUGCCUCCCCGAUUGUCCACAUUAAUCCUGUGAUUUUUGACAUCCCUUACGGACUUGCUUUAUCGUGUAACCCUAGUUCUACGCUUUCCCAUACUCGC